AUGCAAGAAUUGGGGAAACAACAAAAGAUGGUAAUUGGAAUGGUUGGAUUACCAGCAAGAGGUAAGACUUACAUUUCAAGGAAGAUUUGUAGAUAUUUGAAUUGGAUGGGUUUCAAGAGUAAAGUUUUUAACAUAGGGAAUUACAGAAGAUAAAUAUGUGGAACAGAUUGCAACUCGAAUUUCUUUGAUCCAGGCAAUAAAGAUGCAUCGAAAGCUAGAGAUGAAUGUGCUUUAUUGGCUUUGAAUGACAUGAUAAAUUAUCUUAGGAAUGAAGGAGAUGUUAGUUUGUAUGAUGGGACAAAUACAACGAAAUAGAGAAGAAAAUUGAUCAUGGAGACAUUACAAUAAAAGUUUAGUGAGGUACAAGUAUUUUGGGUUGAAUCAAUAUGCAAUGAUGAAGAUGUCAUUCUGAGAAAUAUUUAGUUGACCAAAUUGAACAAUCCUGAUUAUGUUGGAAAGUCAUCUGAUGAAGCUACUUAAGAUUUUCAAUAGAGAAUUGAAUAAUAUGCUAAGGUAUAUGAACCAAUAGACAUGGAUGAGAACAUUUCAUUUAUAAAGAUCAUUGAUAUCGGAAAUGAUAUUAUGAUAUAUAAUAUCUAAGGAUUCUUGUAAUCCAAAUUAGUCUCAUAUUUGAUGAAUUUGCACAUUUAUCCUAGACCUAUAUAUUUGUCUAGACAUGGAGAGAGUUAAUAUAAUGUUGUUCAUAAAGUUGGAGGCGAUUCUGAUUUAACUUAAACAGGACUGAUGUAUGCAAAAUAGUUGGGCAAAUAUUUUAUAUAAGAAUUAGAAGGUAGUAGAAAUAUCAAGAUGUUUACUUCAACUAUGCAGAGAGCAUUGCACACAAGUAAUGAAGUUUGUGAAUUUUUGGGAGUCGAAUAUUAUUCAUUGAAGGCUUUGGAUGAAAUAAAUCCUGGAAUAUGCGAUGGAUUGACAUAUUAAUAGAUUGCUGAUAAAUUCCCUUAGGAUUAUGAGGAACGAAAAAUGAACAAACUAACCUACAGAUAUCCAAGAGGAGAAUCUUAUCUUGAUGUGAUCAGCAGAGUUGAAUAAAUAAUUUUUGAAAUAGAAAGAUCGAGAUUACCAGUUAUAGUCAUUGCUCAUCAAGCCAUAUUGAGAUGUUUGUAUGCAUACUUUCAUGAACAUGAGGUACCUGAGAUACCUAAAUUAAACAUUCCAUUGCAUCAAGUUAUUAAAUUAGUACCUGCUGCAUAUUAUUGCAAAGAAACAAGAAUAAAAAUUGAUCCCAUGACUGGACAUUGGGAAAUUCAAGAUGAAGCUACAAUAAAGAAGGUUAAAUCUUUCCUUGAUUUGUGA